GACACAAAAUAGUCGGAUAAUGAUCGAUUGAUUCGGCCGACGAGGUGGCGUUGCAGUUGUACACGCCUCUCUCUAUAUUUACAGACGGCGAAGCAAAGCAUGCCAUGCUUUUUUUGAGUCUUCUUUUUGCCUGCUUCAUGGACUUCAGCAAUAAUGGCUCUUUUAUGAGGGCUAUCUUUUAUAAUAGGUCGAGCUCUCUUUCUGUAGUGGAACGAAUCUGUACAGCUUGUAUACCGUUCAUUGCCAUCAUUGAGGCUCUAGUUGUCUCUUUCGUUGGCUGUUGCGAGAAUCGGCAACCCCCCAAGAAAGCCCGUCUAGCCGUCAGAGAUCUGGCUCGACUCGCUGAUGAAUCUCGAUUUACUGUCAAUGAACUGGAGGCUUUGCAUGAGCUUUAUGAUCACUUGAGUUGUUCGAUUAUCAAGGAUGGGUUGAUUCACAAGGAAGAGCUCCAGUUGGCACUUUUCAAUACCCGACAUGGCGAGAAUCUUUUUCUGGACCGGGUUUUUUAUCUUUUUGAUGAAAAGAAAAAUGGUGUCAUUGAAUUUGAGGAAUUUAUUCAUGCACUCAAUGUCUUCCAUCCCUAUGCCCCUAUGGAAGAGAAAAUUGAUUGUUAUUUUGCAGUUGCUUUUAGGCUAUACGAUCUUAGACAAAAAGGGUGUAUUGAGCGGGAUGAAGUUAAGCAGAUGGUAAUUGCCAUUCUGAAUGAAUCUGAAAUAAGUUUGCCGGAUGACCUUCUUGAAGCUAUCAUUGACAAAACAUUUGCUGAUGCUGAUAUGGACAAGGAUGGUCGAAUCAGCAAAGAAGAAUGGAAGGAAUUUGUGAUUCGAAAUCCAUCUCUUUUGAAGAACAUGACUCUUCCUUAUUUAAAGGAUGUCACCACAAUAUUUCCCAGUUUUGUUUUCAGUACUGAGGUUGAAGACUGAAAAUCCAACAUUCGAUCAUGGCGAUUUAGUACAUAAGAAGCUGCAUUGUGUCUUAUGGAUUUACUGCGACACUGCUUCAAGGAGGCUGUGAUCCUGCUAGACAGUUCAUGUGUUACUGAUGGGCUUUGUUUCAUAUGAUCGAAGCUAAAGCAGGUGCAGUUAGAUCUAGCAGUUCAUAUUAUUAAAUGAUAUUCAUGUUGUAUUAAUUUGGGUUAUUAACCCUAACCCUUAUUGAAAUAGUUUUGGGUUGAUCUAAUAUGACUCAAAUUUAUCUA